CCUAGAGCACACAAAUUAUCAGACUGUCCAUCAUUGCGAUGUUGACGUUUCCCUCCCAAAGCUAGAGAUACAAAAAAAGUUACUGUCCCAAUUGGCUCCUCUGCUCAAAUCUGGGCAUACAGUUUGCUGAUUUUUCGUCUCUGUUCUCAUCUCAAAUUGGUUGGUCAGAGAUGACUUCAAAAUUUGCAAAACACGGCUCUUUCAGGCACAGUUUCGCUGAGAAGAAGGAGAGGCUGUUGUCUAUGAAGGGUGGGUAUUCCCAGAUUAAAAUCAAUGUAUACGAAUCUGAUGAAGAGACUCCGACGAGGUGUGGCUGCUCCUACCGAGCUCUCUCCGAUGGACUUAGCAGCGGCUGGAAGAGAGUACGCGGCGUUGCUGUUAAGGCCUGGGAGAUGGGCCAUUCUGAUCCCAGGAAGGUUAUCUUCGCUGCCAAAAUGGGUCUUGCUUUGAUGCUUAUUUCCCUCUUAAUUUUCUUGAAAGAGCCCUUCAGGGGAAUGAGUCGCUAUUCCGUCUGGGCCAUACUAACUGUCGUGGUUGUCUUUGAAUUCAGUAUAGGGGCAACUCUUAGCAAAGGGUUUAACAGAGGACUGGGGACUUUGUCAGCUGGGGGACUAGCUUGGGGAACGGCAGCGUUAUCAGCAUUAGCUGGACCAUGGGAAGAAUUUAUAAUUAUCGUCAGCAUCUUCACUGCAGGGUUUUGUGCCACCUAUGCAAAACAAUACCCAACAUUGAAACCUUAUGAAUAUGGAUUCCGUGUGUUCUUGAUCACAUACUGUUUCAUCACUGUAUCUGGAUAUCACACUGGGGAAUUUAUCCAAACAGCUAUAAGUAGAUUUUUGCUCAUUGCCCUUGGCGCUGGUGUUUCAAUGGGGGUAAAUAUGUGCAUAUAUCCAAUCUGGGCUGGUGAGGAUCUGCAUAAUCUGGUGGCCAAAAAUUUUUUUGGUGUUGCAACAUCUUUGGAAGGAGUUGUGAAGAACUACCUUAAUUGUAUUGAAUAUAAGAGGGUUCCUUCAAAAAUUCUGACCUACCAGGCAGCUGAUGACCCGGUUUAUAGUGGUUACAGAUCAGCUGUUGAAUCUACCAGCCAAGAGGAUGCAUUGGUGGGUUUUGCUGUAUGGGAGCCACCUCAUGGUCAUUACAAGAUGUUUAGAUAUCCAUGGAAGAAUUAUGUGAAAGUUAGUGGAGCACUAAGGCAUUGCGCAUUUAUGGUUAUGGCUAUGCAUGGAUGUAUACUUUCUGAAAUACAGGCUCCAGCUGAGAAAAGACAAGUUUUCCGUAGUGAGCUUCAGAGGGUGGGCAGUGAAGGCGCCAAGGUGUUGCAUGAACUUGGAAACAAAGUUAAAAAGAUGGAGAAACUAGGUCAGGUAGACAUUCUGUAUGAAGUACAUGAGGCGGCAGAAGAAUUGCAAAUGAAGAUUGACAAAAAAUCCUACCUUCUCGUAAAUUCAGAGCGCUGGGAAAUUGGAAACCGGCCAAGAGAAGAGGCUGAACCCCGAGACCUCUUGGAUGUGGAUGAAGAAAGGAAGUUUCUGGAGUACAAGUCUCUCAGUGAAGCUGUCCUUGAUCUCAGAUCAGUUCAAGUUUCAGAAAGUUGGGAUGGCCAUAUUGCUCCUAAUGGUAACUCUGCUGUGCCUCCUGCAGUUGUUGCCACGGAAACCAUGUUCAAGAAGCAGAUAUCUUGGCCUCCUCCUAUAUCCUUUAAAAAAGAUGCAGUGACCGAAGAGGAAGGAUCAAACACCUAUGAAAGUGCUAGUUCACUGACUCUAGCCACUUUUACUUCCCUUCUGAUUGAAUUUGUUGCAAGGCUCCAGAACCUUGUCGAUUCAUUUGACGAAUUGAGUGAGAAAGCAAACUUUAAGGACCCGCUCGAGCAGCAAAUACCUGUUGCAUCUUCUGGUUUUUGGUCCCGAUUGUGCAAUUGCAUGAGAUUUAAAGACUGAGAUAGAAGCUUUGACAACCCAAUAAUCCUUCCUUACAGCCCCCUAAAUGUGGGACCCUGAAAAAAUGGGAUACGAUAUUUGGUUACGAGCAAUGUAUCCCACAUUAAAGAAAUGUUCUAUGAUCCGAUCCCUAGGUGUCUGCAUUUUGUUUACUCGGUUCAAAGCCUCAAAAUCAAAUGACCAGAGUGAAUCUGUAGCCAAAGGUAAAAUCGGGAGAACAUAUGGGAGUCCAAUGAUAUAUGCUCUGCUGAGGCCAUCAGAGCUUGUUCUCAAUCUUAGCUCGGUUUAGGAUUGAACUAUUUUUCUUAGCUAUGCCAGGCCAAUUCACAGCUGCUGUUAAAUGAGAUAGUUAGCUGCCUCAUGCUCAUCGCUGUAGCUGUAAAAUGGGUAAUCACCUAAUGGUAGGUGACUAUAUAUUUUUGUCAGUUUUGGCAACUAACUAUGGAGAGUUAAACCACUUGUGAAGUCGGAAUCUGAUGAGAACUUGUUUUAAACUUCAUUGUCAUUCGUAGAUCGUAGAUGAAUGGUACCAUUUCUUAUUAUUCCUGCCA